AUGCCACUACUGGACCAUCUCAUCACAGAGAUGGAGACCAGGUUCUCCUCCUUUCACCAGAAAGCACUGAAAUGUAUGUCACUUGUGCCGAGCAUCCUGGUGACUCUUUCUGGAACAGAACUGAAGAACAGGGUAAAGGACUUGGUGGAGAUCUACAGAGAUGACCUCCCUUCACCUGACAGCUUGGCCAGUGAGCUUCACUGUUGGGCCGUCCGGUGGCAGAAGCAGCAGUCUUGCACCCUGCCAUCCUCUCCAUCAUCAGCUCUACAACAUGCCAUUACCUUGUUUCCCAACAUCCGGAUGCUGCUGACCAUCCUUUGCACCCUGCCAGUCACCACCUACUCUACUGAGAGGUCCUUCAGUGCCUUGAAGAGCAUCAAGACCAAUAUAAGAUCAGCAAUAGGGACUGCACGACUGUCUAUCCUCAGCCUCCUCCACAUCCACAGAGACAUUUCAGUGGAAGUCAGUGACAUCAUUGACAUCUUUGCAAGGCGAAAUCCAAGGAAAAUGGAACUUGUUGAUGUUAUUGCAGAUGCUCAGGAAUAA